AUGUCAUCACUAAUAGUUCGUUUAACAACUCAACCAGCUGUAUACUAUCUACCAUUUGUGUAUAUAAUAGGUUUGAUUGGUAAUAUAUUAAAUAUAAUAGUUUUCUAUCAAUCUAAACUUCAUUCAAAUAGUUGUUCAUUAUAUUUUAUCUGUCUCUCAGUUGCACAUCUUCUUAUGCUUAAUUGUCCAUGUCUAUUUCGUAUUGUGGCUGUAGCUAGUAACUAUAAUGUAUUUGGACGUGUGAAUAUACUUUGUAAAUUGAGUACUUAUUUAGAUGUUCUUAGUCUUGUUCUUUCGCGGAAUUUUCUUUGUUUGAUUUGUAUCAAUCGUUGGAUAGUCACAUCACCAAAUGCAUGGCUUCGCAAACAAAGUUCACUUCGAACAGCUCGAUGGACUGUAGCGAUUACAAUAUCCUUUUGGUUGGUGUUUAAUAUUCAUUCAGCUAUUGGUUAUAAUACAGUCAAUGAUAUGGUAUGCUCAAGUGCACGUGAUUAUAUAGUUUUUUCUUCUAUAUUUCAUAUUGUUACUGCUAUUGUUUCAUUGAUUAUCAUGAUUGUAUUCAGUAUUUUGACAUUGAUUAAUAUGCGUCAGGUUGGUCGUCGAACCAAUCCAUUAAUAUUUCAGACGAAUCGUAAUCAACUAGAAAGACAAUCAAAGAAAAAACGUGAACUUCAAUUUAUUCGUCUAUCACUAGUUCAAGUGUUACUCUAUGUAAUAUUUACUUCUUUGAGAACAUUUAUGCCAAUUGUUGUGUAUUAUGUAAGCGUUGUACGCAACGCUUCAAGUAAUGAACGAGAAAUAAUGUAUUUGUUCUUCUAUUGGGGAACUUAUUUACUUUAUACAUAUGCAGCGGUAAGUACAUGA